GCGUUUGACUUCCUUACGCAAGAAACACAUCACAAUUCCCAACUAACUUCUCUCUUUCUGCUCCUCUGAAAGAAGACAAUUUUUUUUAGGGAAGGAGGUGUGGGAAGUGAGGGGAAAGAAGAAAAAAACCCGGAACUGGUGAUCAGUUUUGUGUGUUCUUCUUAUCAUCAUCAGCUCCCAAUUCCCUGAGGUGCACUGGAAGCUGCCUGAAGGACAGAGGGCCUCAACAUGGUGAAUUCAUCAACUUCAAGAGAAAUGGAACAGAAUGCUACUGUUCAGGAGGUGGAGGGUUUAAGAAAUAGCCAUGAGUUGGCGGGAUCAGUUUCGGAUAAGCACCUUGAUCUUUUGAGGCCAUCUGCUCGACAUGUUUCAGUGAUUAAAGGGAUGUCAACUGAAGUUUUAGGCGAUGCAAAAGGGAAGUAUACCCUGCUUAGGGAUGCUGAAGAGGGCCAAUUCGGAAUGUACGACAAACCUCUCCCUUGCUUUGGCUGUGGGAUUGGAUGGUUUUCGUUUUUACUUGGAUUUGUGUUCCCAUUGCUGUGGUACUAUGCCACAAUUCUCUAUUUUGGGAACUAUUAUCGCAAGGAUCCAAGAGAGCGAGCAGGACUUGCUGCUUCUGCGAUUGCGGCCAUGAUAUGUUCAAUAGUGGUGUUGAUCACGGUACCUAUUCUUAUAUUCUCAUCAUCGUGACUCUUUAUCUGUCAUCUGUACAUUUCACGUGGGGGAGGCUCCAGGGGAGAGCUCAAAGCCAUGGCAAUCAUCUUAUAGUCUUGGAAGCAGCAAGUGGAGAAAAGUGAUGCUGCAAGAAGGGUUCAUGCAAUCCAAGUACAUGUGUUUUCCUUUCUUUUUGGAUACUUCUAUUUAAGUGCCUUCACUGUUUUUUUGUAAAUGCCACUUGUAUUCUGUACAUGAUGAAAAUCCCAGUACUCCCAUUCUUCAGAACAAUUCAUGUGAGCCUUUUGCAGUUAAUUGAUUGAGAAGCCAAACUACAACAGAAACAGAAUCAGUGUUCAAUACCUGCCACUGUAAAUAUGGAUUAAUAUUUAUCUCAAUUAAUUAUGGUAGGUCCUCGGGUUUUAAUUUC